GUCGGCUUGGCGAUCUGAGAAGCAGCCGUCGCAAUUCGCUUGGCAUUCGCGCUGGGCCAGCUGAACAGUGCGAGCGUCAAGUCGCGACGGUUCCAAUUUUAUUCCGCUGACAUCCACAUCCACAUCCACAUCUACAUCUGCUUUUGUUUUUGUUUGCGUUCGCGUUGCGUUGAGUUGAGUUAUUUUUUUGUGUGUGAAAGAGCGCUCGAUCGAUCCGAUCGAUCGGCAGUGGUAAACAAAGCGAUCGCGCCAUCUUAGACCAGCAGCCAUGGAGGUGUACACGUCGGACAGCUCGGACACGGAUUCGCGGGAGCAGAAGACCCUGGACUUUGGGCGCAUGAGCCUGGACCUGGUCACCUUGGAGGACCAUUUGGCCUCGCCGCAGAAGGCGCUGCUCAAGUCCAGCGGCGACAUUGAGACGAUGCUGCUCAACCACAACCGGCUGGUGGGUCUGCCCCGCCUCCUGCUGCAGUUCGCCAAUUUGAAGAUCCUGGACCUCAGCUCCAAUGCCAUCACCACCUUGCCGGAUGCCGUCUGCCAGCUGCCGCUGGUCACCCUGAUUGCCAAGAACAACCUGCUGACCAACGCCUCGCUGCCCAAGUCGCUGCUCUCCAAGCAGGCCAAUGCCACCAAUGGUGGCUCCACGCUCAAGGAGCUCAACCUGAGCGGCAACCAGCUGACCCACUUCCCCGAACAGGUCACCGAUCUGCGCCACCUCAAGUACCUCUAUCUGGGGGGCAACAAGAUCUCCAGCAUCUCGAAGGACAUCUGGAAGAUGCAGAGUCUGCACGUUCUAUCCCUGGGUGGUAAUCUGAUCAGCGAAGUGCCCGAGGCGGUGGGCUCCCUGAACCAACUGCAGGCCCUAGUCCUCUGCGACAACCUGAUCGAGAUCCUGCCAACGAGCAUCGCCCGACUGAAGAACCUCAAGUCGCUCUUGCUCCACAAGAACCGACUGCGACAUCUUCCCAAGGACAUCGUCGCACUGAAGAACCUGACGGAGCUGAGUCUGCGCGACAAUCCGCUGGUGGUGCGCUUCGUCCAGGACAUGGCCCUGAAGCCGCCCACCCUGCUGGAGCUGGCCGGGCGGAUGGUGAAGGCCAGUGGGCAGCGACCAGGACCCUACGACAUCCCGAGGACACUGGCCGAGUAUCUGAACAGUGCCAACUGCUGCGUGAACCCCAACUGCAGGGGCGUCUUCUUCGACAACCGGGUGGAGCACAUCAAGUUCGUGGACUUCUGCGGGAAGUACCGGGUGCCACUGCUGCAGUACCUCUGCUCCUCCAAGUGCAUCGAGCCGGAGCAGCCGGCGCGCGGCUCAUCCGUUCCGGCGGCUAGUGCCAGCAGCGGCUUCAUGAUGCGCAAGGUGCUGCUGGGCUAGCCGCAAUCCGGCUCGGCCCGGCCCGGCCCGGUCCGGUCCGGCCCACUCCGGCUCCUGGCCGUAUCAUCCGGGAGCGCGAUCGGAGCGCCGACCGAUCCGGUAUCGGAUUUGGAGAGGACAGGGACACGAAAUCGAUAUCGGAUUCGGAAACGGAAUCGGAAACGGAAACGGGAUUUGGGAGCGGAACGGAACGGAACGGAAACGGUAGUCGAAAACGGUAGCGGAAAUGGCGGAAGCGGAAGUGAGAGUGGAAAUGGCGGAUCCACGCGUUCCGAGGAGCCGAGGAGUCCGGCAGCCACGGGGCCGCUCGACGGGAAUACCCCCAUUGGCUUCACACACGUUAUCAAAUCCAAUUUGAACUAGUUUGCUAAGUGAUUACGACCUGUUUGUUUGCUCGCCUUUCUGUUUGUUUGUUUGCUUGUUGUUAUCCACACUUACACAAUCUAUACCAAAGAAA